GCGGCGCCUCGCCGCGGUGCCGGGUGCUGCGGAACGGCUGCCCGCGGCGGGUCGGGGCGUUGUCCUGCCAAAAUGUGGCUGAGGAGCCGCUGCUGCAAGAGCUGCGGCAGUUUGUGGCGUCUAAUGGCCAGCCCCAAACUGUGUCAUAGAGUACCUCGAGGUGGAAGGGACCCAUAAGGAUCAUCGAGCCCAACUCCUGGAAUUAACAUAAGGCUAACUCCUGGAAUUUAACGACAAGCUCUCUGGCUGACGCUGACGCAGAGCAGGGGAGAACAACAGGCGUGGGGGCGAGCAAGAAAAAAUCAACCACCAGCACAUCUGAUAACCAGAAAAUACUGAGAAGCAGCAUGGAGCAGCCUGUAGAAACUCCUCAGCCAGCGCCCCGGCGAAUCUCCCAGGAGAGACAGAGGAUCACCGGUCUGCCGCUGUACUUCCAAGGUUACCUGUCAGUCCGGCACUUGAAAUCCCAGGAAUUUAGAGUGUAUUGGACAGAACUGAGAGGAACUGUGCUCUUCUUUUAUGAUGAUAAGAAAGCACCAACAUACUCACAGAAGCUAGAUAUAUCAGCUUUGACCUCAGCAACCAGUAUUUAUCCAAAUGAAAAUGACUCGUCACAGUUCAUCCUGACACUGUCAAAUGAGGAACUAGAAGUGAAGGCUGAUAACUGUGAAUAUGGAAAAGAAUGGAAGGGUUUUAUUCUCACCGUAGCAAAGUUGUCAGUUCCACCAGAUGAGUUGUUACUACCUGAACAACUUAGGAGAAUGCAUGAAGUGCUAGAGAAAGAAAAGAAAAGAAGGAUCAUGCUUGAUGACUGUUCCAGCGCAUCCCUGAAUAACGAAAGCCUUCCCAGCAAGAACGACAGCAGUACAGCGACUGCUAUGCCAGCCUGCUUCUAUGCAGUAUCUCGGAAAGAAGCGACAGAGAUGUUGGAAAAGAAUCCUUCGUGUGGGAAUUUGAUUCUGCGUCCUGGCAGCGACAGCAAGAACUAUGCAAUCACUGUCCGACAUGGGCUGAAUGUCCCGUGCAUAAAACACUACAGAGUGAUGUCUAAAGAAACAAGUUACAUUAUUGAAUUGGAAAGAAAGGUGUCACUUGCAAGUCUUCAGGAUGUCAUCAAUUACUUUGUGACCCAAACCCAAGGAAACCUGAAACCAUUUGUCAUGGAGACAUGCCACAAUGCUCUGCAGAUGGCCCACAGUUCUGAAAGCAAAACACGGAAAAGUCCUGCUGAAGGACAGAGGCACAAGGAGGAGCUUACAGGAACUCCACUAUUACAGCUAAGCUGAAAGCAUUUCCCAGGCUAUUACGUCACUAUUUCUACAACAGCCUUGUUUAUCCUAAAUCAAGAAUGUGAUGCAGCUUCUCCCAGAGAAAUUUAUGAGAUCUGGAGAGAAUAUCAUAGUAGCUAUCAAAAAAAGGGAAAAUACUGUACAUCCAAAUAACCCCAACUCCUAUAGAAAAUUAAACUGGAAAAAGUAAAGAGUGGGGGAGAGGGCACAUUGACACUGCAAAAUGCAUUGAAAAAAUAUUGUACCGAAAUGAGGCAGUCAGCAUACGUGGGCUCAGUUCUGUCACUGGCUCACAGUGCAAUAAACUCUAUAUUUAACAAACUUGUUUCUUUUCUAUUCAUUUGCAAGAGAAUCAGUGCUGUUUAACCCAUGUGGACAGCAGGGAUGCCACACACCUACUGGGGCUUUGAGCAUUGCUGGAGGGGUGCAAUACCGGCCAAGCAGAAAAUACAAGCCUGGAUAGCCUAAACUGGAGGUUCUUGGUUCUCUGCAAGUUCACACACAUCCCUUACAGCAUCUUGAACAUUGCAAAUGGGGCAUCUCACAUGUUUUGCAACUGGGGGAGGGCAUAAAUUCAAGCACACUGACACAUUUCCUGCCUAGCCAUACAUUCCCACCCCUUCUACAUGCUAAUAGGAGCAUUCAUCCGAUCCUGCCAUGAGCUAGUUCAGGGAACUAAACACAAAUUAGCCGGUGUCCCUGCUGGUUAAGCUCUCCGAACCACCUCUCCAUGGGCUGAGGCAGAGCACAAUGAAGAAAAGCGCACAAUGAAGAAAAGAGGUAAUGAGGGAAGGCAGCAAGCGUGACAGACA